AACUUCGUGCAGUCUUGUAUCUGUCAAGGACCCUUAGGUUAGGUAAGAUCGACCCUGCUACGUCAGAAAAAAAAAACCGUCAUUGAAGCAUCAUGGAGACUUCUAGGGAUACAAUACCGACAUUGCCAUCGGUAGAGUACACAAGAACCAAAAGAACAUUCAGACGAACCCCCCAAACCUUUGGUUAUUCCUUCUUGGAUGUUCUUAAAUAUUAUACUGCAACCGAUCCUGAUUUGAUUUGGGGACCGUUCUACAACAGGGUUCGAGCUGCACGGCAUAAUGCCCGAAAUUCAAAGAGCGGUUGGGCGCCUUUUGGUCUGAGCACUAUAUGGGCUGGGAUCCCGGAAACUGUACAAACAAGACCUGGGGCUAUAGUAGGAUUCGUCAACUGGCUCACAGGGAAUGAUCCCCGUCCUAGCCUCACGCCGCCACCCAGCGGCACAUGGGGAACGACGAGAUCUUCCACCUCAACAGAGCCUAGGACGACAGUCGAAUCCUGGCAGCGAGAGGUUAUGAGCAAGGAGGACUGGAGCCCAUCCCGGAUUGACUUUACCGAAUGGUACGGGCGGCUCAAGCACCCCGCGGACUACGAUGACGACUUCUACCGCACCAAUUACCGGACUCUAUAUAAUAAGAUCUGUGAAGUUGCCGAUACAUGGUUCGGGGCUGAUGUCCGUCUCGAAGACCUGCGAGACACCAAGGAAGAAAUCUCAGCCUGGCAGGUGCCUAUGACGGAACAAUUCAUAGAGUAUGCGCGUCUCGUGGCUCAUGAAGACAGCGGGUACGUCGAGUGGAAUGAGAUCCUAAAUGAUCCUCGUCACCGCAAGUGGCUCUGUGUCGGCAUCUUGGCACAGAUCAUUGAGAAAAAGAUCUUCAGCUCAUUGCUAUUUGGUGCCUCCGAUCCAUUCUCAGCUGAACUAGACCGACAUGACACUCACUGGGCAUUUCAAGAAGGCUUUACACGCAAGGAAGGUCGUCGCCAGAUUGCGCGCGCAGCAGUUGGUACUGAAUUGGUUCCCGAUCGUUUCUGGGACUCGGUGGAUAUGCUUGCGGGUCAGACUGUUCUCAUCUUCCAGCCUCUUCUCUCGCUUGUAGCUCUCGGCUCAGGGCGUUCCUCCGGUCCGCAGCAAGCCAGUUUCUACCAAGAAAUACACACAAUCCUCGCCAUGGCUGGGUACUUCCAGGUGUGCAUGGCCAUCUCCCCCAGCAUCUUCCACAUCCUGUCCGCGUCGCCGGGCUCGCGAUUCCAGUGGGAGGAGGAGGCGCACGCCGACUCUACUAUCUACCAGCACUCCAAAGGGUUCCACCAGAGCCACGAGGACCGCUGGCGCGUCAUCGCUGAGCUCAGCUCUAAUAACCAGAACUCCACGGUCACCAAGAUCGUGGAGUCGAUGGGCGACUUAGAGGACUCAUCGCAGUACCAGCCGUUCCCAGUCAACGAGAACGAGUACCGCCUAAUGGACCAUCAACGCCGCCGCGGUGGAAAGGUCAUGUACGCCGUCUUCCCCAAGCUGACCCGGUACACGGCCGAGAAUAUCGGCGAGCUCAUCCUCGACAUCAAGCCGGCGCUCACGCGGGAGAUACAGGAGACGGGCGAGGGCACGCGCAUCAACAUUCUCUCCCGGUGCAUGGUGGUGUACUACCAAGGUCUCAUUCACGCCGAGGCAGACGACGGCACAUCUCUCGAUCAGCAUCUCCAGGAAAUCUUGUGGAAGCGUAUGUCUGGAGGCAUCCUGCCGUACUGCCGAUACUACUGGCUCGAAAACGGUAGGGCGGCAUAUUCUUUGGAUUGGCCGUUGUGGCCCUCCUAUGUUGACACAUACUGGCUCUCCUGGGGCUUAUGGGUCUUGGUUUACUCCUUCUUCUGGAAAAACAUCAUGGCGUCGACUCCCGCUAGCGCGGAUGGCAACUGGUUCACGGCAUUCCUUUGGCAAGCUUCCGUUUGGUUCUUGGCAGAGCUCGGUUUUUACCACCUGUUGCUGAAAGCUCCCUGGAGCUUCUUCAACAAGGGAAAUUGGCUAUUCGUUAAGGUUCGGAUCCUCAGCUUCGCCAUGGCGAAGGUUACGCAAGCCCUCCUUGCGUCUAUGAACGAGGACCUCUACCUCCUCUCUAUCCUGGCUGUGCCGUUUGUGUGGUUGGACAAGAUCUUGCUCAACACGCUGCCUAGAGUCGUCAUGACAAUGGCUGGUGUGAUCGACAAUGAAGAUGCCCCUACCGUAUUGGCGCGCUUGUUCUCGAGGAAUGCAACCACUUCUGGAUAAACAAUAGGACAUGGUAUCAGCAGUCUCGUUAACAAUUACUGAAUGACUUGGCUGAUGGGACUACUCUACCGCAUGGUGACAGCUUUUCGGCUUGAACAUAUCGUUUGUACUGGAGUAUAGAAGAAGAGAGGGGAGGCUUAGGAUAAGUAGUUGUGGGAGCGUGGAG